UGUAUUUACCUCAUUCUUCCACUUCCACAAAUGUCUCCCUUCCAUAACUUCAAACACACGUAACCAAAAAUGAGCAACCUCCACCUCCACACCUCCGCACGCUUCCGCAAUUUUCCGACGGCUUUCUCCCGUCGCCACCAUAACAACAACGACCUCCAAAACCAACGCGGCCGAUCCGUUUUCUCCGAGCUAGGUGACACAACCCUCGACCCAAGCGGUGACCUAAUCACGAGAUGGAACCACAUCUUCCUUAUCACCUGCCUCCUCGCUCUCUUCCUCGACCCUCUCUACUUUUAUCUCCCUAUUGUCCAAGCCGGAACGGCCUGUAUGUCUAUCGACAUCGGUUUCGGCAUCCUUGUCACCUUCUUCCGUACCCUAGCCGAUUUCUCCUUCCUCAUUCACAUUCUCCUCAAAUUUAAAACCGCAUUUGUCUCCAAAUCGUCUAGAGUCUUUGGUCGCGGCGAGCUUGUCAUGGACCGCCGUGAAAUCGCCAUCCGUUACCUUAAAUCCGAGUUCAUUAUUGACCUCGCUGCCACGCUUCCUCUUCCUCAGAUAAUGAUUUGGUUUGUGAUCCCAAAUGCGGGAGAAUUCAGAUACGCAGCACAUCAGAACCACACACUUUCCUUGGUCGUCCUGAUACAGUACGUGCCUCGCAUCCUCGUCAUGCUUCCACUAAACCGUAGGAUCAUUAAAGCCACUGGUGUUGCAGCCAAAACAGCCUGGUCCGGUGCAGCCUACAACCUCGUGCUCUACUUACUUGUGAGCCACGUUCUUGGUUCGGUUUGGUACGUUUUAUCGAUCCAGAGACAGCACGAAUGCUGGAGAAGAGAAUGCAUUAAGGAGAUGAACGCAACGCAUUCACCGUCUUGUAAUCUCCUGUUUCUAGACUGUGGAUCGUUGCGGGAUCCAGGCAGACAAGCUUGGAUGCGCAUCACUCGGGUUCUCUCUAACUGCGAUGCACGUAAUGAUGAUGACCAACAUUUUCAGUUUGGUAUGUUUGGUGAUGCCUUCACUAAUGAUGUCACUUCUUCUCCUUUCUUUGAUAAAUACUUCUACUGUCUUUGGUGGGGUCUCCGCAAUCUCAGUUCUUAUGGACAGAGUCUUGCAGCUAGUACAUUGAGUAGCGAGACUUUAUUCAGUUGUUUCAUCUGUGUUGCUGGCCUUGUUUUCUUCUCUCAUCUCAUUGGCAAUGUUCAGAACUAUCUGCAAUCUACAACGGCUAGGUUAGAUGAAUGGAGAGUCAGAAGAAGAGAUACAGAGGAAUGGAUGCGACACAGACAAUUGCCACAGGAGUUACAAGAGCGUGUGAGGCGGUUCGUCCAAUACAAAUGGUUAACCACUCGUGGAGUCGAUGAAGAAGCCAUCCUCCGUGCUCUACCACUGGAUCUUCGUAGACAGAUCCAACGUCAUCUCUGUCUCGCUCUAGUUCGCCGUGUGCCAUUCUUUGCACAGAUGGACGACCAGCUCAUAGACGCAAUAUGCGAGCGUUUAGUUCCAUCGUUGAACACUAAAGAUACAUACGUGACACGGGAAGGCGAUCCUGUAAACGAGAUGCUUUUCAUCAUUAGAGGCCAGAUGGAAAGUUCGACUACAGAUGGUGGACGGUCAGGAUUCUUUAACUCAAUCACGCUUAGACCAGGAGAUUUCUGUGGGGAAGAGCUCUUAACUUGGGCUUUAAUGCCAAACAUUAACCAGAAUCUCCCCUUGUCCACGAGAACCGUGAGAACUCUCUCUGAAGUAGAGGCUUUCGCUCUCAGAGCAGAGGACUUAAAGUUCGUAGCUAACCAAUUCAGACGCCUCCACAGCAAGAAACUCCAACAUGCUUUCAGAUACUAUUCGCAUCAGUGGAGGGCUUGGGGAACUGGUUUUAUACAAGCUGCAUGGAGACGGUACAUGAAGAGGAAGUUAGCUAUGGAGUUAGCUAGGCAAGAGGAAGGAGACGAUUACUAUUAUGAUGAUGAUGAUGAUGAUCAAUACGGAGGAGAGGACAUGCCUGAAAGUAGUAACAACGUAGACGACAACAGCAGCAACAAUCAGAAUUUGAGUGCGACGAUAUUAGCGUCUAAGUUUGCAGCUAAUACGAAGAGAGGUGUUUUAGGGAACCAAAGAGGGUCUUCCAGAAUUGAUCCUGAUGAUCCAACUUUGAAGAUGCCUAAAAUGUUUAAACCAGAGGAUCCAGGAUUCUUCUGAUUUUCUUCUUUUAAAUUUAUUUAUUUUCCUUUAGUGAAAAAUGCAUUUAGGAUAUUUUCAGAGUGCGGACUUGAUUUGCUGUAAGCAUCAUUUAUAUAUAAACAUCAUUAGAGAUUUAAGUAAUUGUCUGGUGUUGAUUUAUAUUCAACGCAUGCUUGGCUCCUACAGCUUUUAC